CGCGCAUGCGUAUUUGGAGUUCCGAUUCCGGCCGACAGGUUUCUGAAGCGAGAAUCGAAGAGGCGGUUGGAAAUCGCGAAUUUGCAGGAAAAAUGUCGCGACAGACGAACCGAGGCACCGAGAACAAGAAAAUGAACUCAGAGCUGUUCACUCUGACGUAUGGAGCUCUGGUCACACAGUUGUGUAAAGAUUAUGAAAACGAUGAAGAUGUCAAUAAGCAAUUGGAUAAAAUGGGAUACAACAUUGGUGUCAGACUAAUAGAAGAUUUUUUAGCACGUUCUAAUGUUGGAAGAUGUCAUGAUUUCCGUGAAACUGCAGAUGUCAUUGCAAAGGUUGCAUUUAAAAUGUACCUGGGUGUUACUCCAAGUGUGACCAACUGGAGCCCAGCAGGAGAUGAGUUUUCAUUGAUUCUGGAAAAUAAUCCUCUUGUGGAUUUUGUGGAAUUGCCUGAUAACCACUCCAGUUUGAUCUACUCAAAUCUACUGUGUGGAUUGUUGCGAGGAGCAUUGGAAAUGGUUCAAAUGGCGAUUGAUGUGAAAUUUGUCCAAGAUACACUCAAGGGUGACAACGUGACAGAAAUUCGAAUGAAAUUCAUUAAAAGGAUUGAGGAAAAUCUCCCAGCUGGAGAGGAAUAGCAUUUCUAAGUAUUUUACUGGACAGUAAGACGCUGUAGAUAUUCUGUCAAUUAUAUAGAUCGUUGCAGUGCAAAUUUACUUUAUUGG